AUGUGCUUGGCUCCAUGGGGGCACAAGCUGGUUCCUGACUGCCUUGUCUUCUCUGCAGAUGUCUCUCCAGUGGUGGCAGGCCUCAUUGGUGCUACUGUGCUCGUGGUUUCUGUCUCAGUAACAGUUUUUGUGUGGACAUGCUGUCACCAGCAAGCAGAAAAGAAGCACAAAACCCCCCCGUAUAAGUUCAUUCACAUGUUGAAAGGCAUCAGCAUCUAUCCGGAGACCUUGAGCAACAAGAAGAAAAUCAACCGGAUCCGGAGAGACAAGAAUGGCGCUUCCAAGGAGGCUGGAAGGGGAAACCUCUUGGUGGAUGCUGCUGAAUCUGGUUUAAUAGGCUCUGAGAAAGCUCCAGAUGGGCCAAACGCAGCCCCUCACGUCGACCAGCUGCCAAUAAAAGUCGAUUAUGGAGAUGAACUAAGUCCAGAUCAAAGCCUCACUCCAGGAGGAAGCAAAACCUCCUCCCCAUCUUCUCCGGGGGAGGAUGUCAUGUUGGGUGAACUGACUUUCUCAGUGGACUACAACUUCCCUAAGAAAGCUCUGGUGGUCACUAUCCAGGAGGCUCACGGGCUGCCGGUGAUGGAUGAGCACACUCAGAGCUCCGACCCCUACAUCAAGAUGACAAUUCUUCCAGACAAGAGGCAUCGAGUGAAGACUCGUGUGCUUCGCAAGACGCUGGAGCCCGUGUUCGACGAAACCUUCACCUUCUACGGGAUCCCCUACAGCCAGCUCCAGGAUCUGGUGCUUCACUUCCUCGUGCUCAGCUUCGACCGCUUUUCUCGAGACGAUGUCAUUGGAGAGGUCAUGGUGCCCCUGGCAGGGGUGGAUCCCAGCACUGGGAAGGUUCAUCUCACCAGGGAGAUCCUCAAGAGGAACAUACAGAAGUGCAUCAGCAGAGGGGAGCUGCAGGUCUCCUUGUCGUACCAGCCUGUGGCUCAGAGAAUGACCGUCGUGGUGCUGAAAGCCAGGCAUUUGCCAAAGAUGGACAUCACCGGCCUCUCAGAUCCCUACGUGAAGGUGAACGUUUACUACGGCAGAAAGCGCAUCGCCAAGAAGAAGACCCACGUGAAGAAGUGCACUUUGAACCCCGUCUUCAACGAAUCCUUCAUUUACGACAUCCCUGUGGAUCUGCUUCCCGACAUCAGCAUCGAGUUCCUGGUCAUCGACUUCGACCGCACCACCAAGAACGAGGUGGUGGGGAGGCUGAUCCUGGGCGCGCACAGCGUCACCGCGGCCGGGGCCGAGCACUGGCGGGAGGUGUGUGACAACCCCAGGAAGCCCAUUGCCAAGUGGCACAGCCUGAGCGAGUACUAG